GCUGGACAUGACGAAACAAAAACAAACGUUGCGCCAGUUUUUCUUGUGCAGUUGAAGGAUGUUGAAAUGUUAGAACAAACUCUUUUCCGAUUUAUGAUUAAAGUGAUGGGAAAUCCAAAACCUAAAGUGAAAUUUUUUAAAGAUGGCGACGAAAUUUCAGAAGAAGAUAACCAUAUCCAAAUAAAUAGAGAAAAGGAUUACUUGGGAUAUUAUGAACUAGUUAUACACGAAGUACAAAAAUUUGAUUCUGGAAUUUACACUUGUAAAGCUAUAAAUAAGUACGGAGAAACUCAAUGUGAAGCAAAAGCAACAACUGUAGAGGAUAAAAAUCCUUUUGGAUCAUUAAGUGGGCAAAUCCUUUCAGCCGGAGAAAAGUCUACAUUUACUUGGAAACGUAAUGGGGUUGAAUUUGACCCAGAAGAACGAUUUAAGGUUUUGUUCGGCGAAGACGAAGAUUCUCUGGCUCUAGUAUUUCAACAUGUUAAACCAGAGGAUGCAGGAAUUUAUACAUGUGUAGCUCAAACUACGACAGGCAACAUAUCAUGUAGUGCGGAGCUAACUGUUCAAGGUGCCAUACAAACACUACACAAAGAACCAGAAAAGCCCGUUUUGGUUAUCGAACAUCGUGAAGCUAAUACAACAAUAGGAGGUACAGCGAUUCUAGAUUUACAGUGCAAAGGAUUUCCUAAACCAGGAGUUGAAUGGAAGCAUAACGGUGAAAUUAUUGAAGUAGGCGAAAAACACAAAAUUUUAUAUGCGGAUGAGGAAAGCAUGUCCUUGGUCAUUAAAAAUAUUACUACAGAAGACGCAGGGCAAUAUACCAUUCAUGCAAAGAACGAACUAGGUGAAGAUGAGUCAUCUAUAAACCUGGUUGUAAAAGCGGGACCUAAAAUAAAAAAAGUAAAUGACGUAACCUGUUUUGCUGAAGAAACAGUUAGAAUAGAAAUGGAAGUUGAAGGCUUUCCCAAACCACUUAUUAAUAUAACAAAUAACGGCAGGGAUAUUUCCCACGAAAAAAACAUAAAGAUUUCAAGUAAUUUUAUAGGAAAAAGCACAGAGACAUACGUAUUAGAAAUUUCUAAUAUAAAGUUAAGUCAAAGUGGAAGCUACUCUAUAAGAGCUACCAACGAUCUGAGCCAAUCUUCUGAGUUCUGGAACUGUAUAGUUAACUCCAAACCUAUAAUUGUAAAAUAUUUAGAGGAGGAAUAUGUAUAUGGGGAAAAGGAGACUGUCAUUAUGAGUGUUAAAAUUGACGCUUUCCCAGGAGCCAAGGUACGAUGGUAUCAAGAUGGGAAUGAAAUUGAUGUUUCUAAUAACAAAAAAUACACUACUGUUGCUGACGGAAAUGAAUAUACGCUGAAAAUAAAGGACGUGUCUCGCGUUGAUUGUGCAAUAUAUACUGUAAAAGCUGAGAAUGAUUAUGGUUCAGCAUCGAGUGAGACGAAACUGUUAAUUAAGUGCGCCCCUGACCUUACAAAGAAAUUGUCAAAUAUUACUAUAACUGAAGGUGAUUGUAACGUGGAACUAGAAGUUCGACUCAACGCCUACCCUGAGCCCAAAAUCAAGUGGUAUAUAGACGGUAUCGAGAUCGAUGAGAAAAGAAAAGAUUUUCGUCGCAUUGAGGAGAAUAACUCAUAUAAAUUAGUGCUUAAAGAAGUCAAUACAUCAAUGCAUGGCACAUAUUGCUGUAAAAUCAUGAACGAUUAUGGCAAUCUUGAAAACGAAUGCAUUGUAACAGUAAACUGCAAACCGAAAAUUAGAAAGCCAUUAAAAGAUACAGAAGUACAAGCAAAUGGAACUUUAACGCUAGAAACUGAUAUAUAUGCAAUGCCUGAGCCAAAUGUACAAUGGUUUAAAAAUGGACAGCAAAUAAGUGCUGAUGCUUGCGUAAAAAUUUCUCGGGACUCAUACCGCACAGAGGAUUAUUCCUUAUCACUCACAAUUUGUAAACCAACAGAUGCCGGUACCUACGAAGUGAGGGCUCUAAACGCUAUUGGCGAAAGCCAAUCGCAGUGCAAGGUGAUUGUUUUAAAUGAACUAAAGAGAAAAGAGGAAGUCGAUGGACACGAUGUACAAAACAUUAAAAAUGCGAUUCCUGAGAUCCAACACGCAGACAUUUUGGAAAAACAUAGUUUCGAGUCAGUACCAUUAAAAUAUGAGAUAAUUGCUACAGGCAUUCCCAAACCGCAAGCCAUAUGGUAUCAUGAUGGCAAGCAAAUACAAACAGAUCAGAGUGUUGCUACAACCGUUGAUGGGGAUAAAUAUAGAUUAGAAAUAAAUGAACUGCAACUCUCCGACGCUGGUGAAUAUAAAGUGAUAAUUAAAAAUAAAUGUGGCGAAAAAUCUCUGCAAGGUGUUUUAUCCUUAUCUGGUGCUGCGGAUUAUCGAAAACCUAUUUUAAAAAGUGGAUUACGUGACAUUACGGCUAAAAAGGGAAAUUCUUUAGCGAUUCCUAUCGUAUUCACUGCUGACCCUCAACCGAAAAUAACAUGGGUAAAAGACGGAUUGGCGUUAAAAAAACAAGGCAAUAUUAAAAUAACUGAAUCAGUACAAGAUAUUGAAAACGGACUUAAGGAAUAUUCAUAUACCCUAAAUUUUGAUGAACUUCAACACAAAGAUUCUGGCCGAUAUGAAUUGCAGAUAGAAAAUAAAUAUGGCAAAAUCAGUACUAGUGGAUGGAUUGAUGUAUUAUCAAAACCCGAAAUUAUGGGUUUAAAAGAUCAGUGCUGUCUUCCGAAUGACACCAUUGCUUUUGAUGCCAUCAUACUAGCGAAUCCAAAGCCUAAAGUUACGUGGACUCGAGGAAACGAAAAUUUGUGCAACAAUGAAAACUGCGAAGUGAUUGCCGACAUUGAGGAUGAUAAAUACAGAUUAGUAUUUCAAUGUGUUAAGCCAGAAGAGGAUGGACUGUAUUCAUUAACUGCAAUUAAUGACCAAGGCUUGUCUCUUUCAAGCUUUCAUCUAAACGUGAAAGUGGAAAAGCCUACAUUUAUCACACCACCUGAAGAUCAGUUAAUACUGGACAAUCUCCCAGUGAAUGUCAAUGUAUUAGCACAUGGAAUACCAAAACCAACAAUUGAGUGGAAGAGAGGUGAUAAAAUUAUUGUUGAUGGAGCCCAAACCACUGAAAAUGAAGAAUCAAUAUAUAUGAUACAACAAUCAUCUCCAGAUUCUGAUCAAUUGAGCAGCCAAUUUGAAAUUUCUCAUUUUAAAUCCUCGAAUGCCGGAACGUACACUGUUGUUGCUAAAAAUGAAAUUGGUGUGACUGAAGCUCCGUUUAAACUUUCACUGUUCGAAUUAGCUCCAAAGUUCGAAACCAAGUUUGACAACGCUAAAGAAGUAUGUCAAGGUGAAGAUUUGGUUCUACAAUGUAAAGUUAUUGGAAGUCCACUUCCAAUAAUUAGUUGGAUUAGGGAUGGCGAGCAAUUGAAGCCAAGUGAACACAUAAGACUUACAUCCUCCCCCAGCGGGCUUUUAACAUUGGAAAUAGCGAAUAUUCAACCGUCCGACUCUGGUGCAUAUAAGGUUAUUAUUUCAAAUCUCCUAGGCGAAAUAUCCUCCUUAUGCGCUGUUGCCGUAACUCCUAAAGCCCAGCAACCAUCAUUCGUUGAACCUUUAGAAGAUGUUAAAGUCUCUGUUGGAGAGCAAUUAAAAUUGCAAGCGCGAGUAAUUGGAUUCCCUGCACCUGAAAUUAAAUGGAUUAAGAAUGGAAUUGCCUUGCAGCCAAGUACGAGCAUAAAUUUUAUAAACAAUCCAAAUGGACUUAUUGGUUUAAGCAUUGAUAAUGUUCAACCAGAAGACGCAGGUGUAUACAAAUGCUUAAUAGUUAACAAAGAAGGUGAGAUAGAAGGAAGUUCUACGGUAACCGUAUGUGCAAUGGAAAAAGAACCAGAGUUUAUAAGAGAACUACAUGAUACUAAUUGUAUUGAAGGUUUUCCUGUACAAAUACAAGUUAAAGUUUUAAGCAAUCCACUGCCUGAUAUCAAAUGGUUUCAUAAUGGCCAAGAAAUUUUGCCUAACGAAGGGCGACAUACUUUUGCAGAAACAAAGGACAAUACGUAUUGUUUGCAUAUAAAAGAGGCUGAUUUGAAAGACUCCGGCUUGUAUGAAGUAGUGGCGUCAAAUGCAAAAGGUUCGGCUCUGUCUAAAGCGAGAUUACAAGUCGCAUUGAAAACAGAUGAAUCAAUGCCGGAAGUGCCUCCACGAUUUUUGUCAUCUAUUAGAGAUGUUAAUGCAAAUGAAGGUGAUGAAAUUAAACUCUCCGCAGCAUUUACGGCUAAUCCAGCUCCAGAAAUUAUCUGGACAAAAGAUGGUAAUACUCUUCUUAAUGACGAUGGCACUUUAAUUAGCUGUGAUGGCAAACAUGUUAGUUUAAUUAUAAAUAACGCUGAAUCCAGCCAUUCUGGUACCUAUAAUUGCCUCUUAGCAAAUCCUCUUGGUGAAGAUGCGUCUGGUUGUGAACUAAACGUAAGGAAAGUUUACAAAAGACCACUAUUCACUCAAAAGAUAUGCGAUCAGCAACAGUUAAUCAAUACCGAUGCAAAAAUUGGAGUUACUGUUUCAGGCGUACCAUAUCCAGAAUUGUCGUGGUACUUCCAGGAUAAACCUAUUGUCGAAGGCGAUAAAUAUGAAUUGAUUAACGAUGGCGACCACCACACAUUAAUCAUUAAAGGCUGUACCAUUAAUGAUCAUGGUGUUUAUAAAUGUAUCGCAAAAAAUAGAGAGGGCACAGAUAUUACUCAAGGUCGGCUGGACAUAGUUAAUGAACUGUGA